AUGUUUAAAUUUUGUCAAAAUCUGAAAAACUACUUUUCAAGUUCAUUCCUACCUUACAAUCCAAAAGGAUAUACGGAUAUUUCACAAUAUAUUAAAUACCAUGAAUCAAUAAAAAGGAAAUUAUAAACAUUUGAUGUCUCUGAUAAUUAAUUUAUCUUUGCAUACAAUAAUUUUCUAAAUUCCAUUUAAGAUAAUGAUUUUAAUCAAUAUGCUCAUGAAGUUUGUGAUAAAAAAUUAGCAAAUUAAUUUAUUGAAGGACUUUCUAAAAUUUAGAAGAAAUAAUUAACAUUUGAAAAAGUGAUUAAUGAUAAUGUUUAAGAAUAAAUAUACUACACAGAUUCUAAUGUUUUUAUCUACGUAGAUAGAAAUAUUUCUUUAUAUGAUCAUGUAAAUUAUAUUUUAAGGUUAGUUGUCACCAAACACAAAAGGUGAAAAUCCAAAAUUAACUGCCUUAAUUUCAGAAGGAAAGGAGCUUUUGAACUGUUAUUCAAUAGGAGCCUUUAUAAAAUCUAAAUUGAGCAUAAAGAUAUCGGGCUGUGAGGUAUAAAUAUUAAAAAUUUGAUAAGAACGAACCUGAAAAUUUCCAUCACGUUAGAUUUUUGGUACUUAAAGAUUCGAAAGAGCUAAAAAGUCUGUAUUAAACUUUAAAAUCUUUAUUAAUUUUUAAUGAAAAAGAGAUUUAUUUUGGAAAUAAUCCUACCUGGAAAAUACUAGAUAUAGAUAGAUGUAUGGAAAAAUAGUAUCCCGAAUAUUUUUGA